AUGAAUCCAGAUUUUCCUCAGGGGCCGCCGUCGGAUCCUUACUUCAAGUUGAACUCGGGAUCCGCGUCCUUGUCCUCGACAGGGGGCUUUAAGGAGCCGCUCGAGUACGACGAAUCCGCAAAUCCUCGAGCUCAACAGAACCCCGGUAACUAUGUGGGCGUCCCGGCGGCGCCUUAUUCUCAAUUCGACGGUCUGUUCUCGGGAACAGCCCAGACUCGAGCUCCAGUUCAAAUCCCACAGCAUCUCCUGAAUCCGCCGCAACUGACCCAACAGCCUCAACUACAACAUCCACAGUUCCCAGGCCAGCUCUCGCUUAAUCAACAGGUGCAACAGGCACCGCUUCAGCCGCAAAUCCACGGCUUGGGUCAGCCUUUGGGCCAGCCUUUGGGCCAAUCUCAUAUCGGUCAAAACCACCAUCAAUUGAACCACCAGCUGGGGCAGCUUCAACCACACCAGGUUCAGCAGUUCCCGCAGCAAGUCCCUCAGCAUCUCCAGCAUCACACGACCGCCCAGCAUAAUCAAAUUUCUUCUCAGAGCCAUCAGCCGAUUACACAAGCACCUCCACAAAACCAGCAUCCUCAGGGAGACGGCGAGAGGGAUAGCAAGGAGGCGGCACACUUUCAAGAGCACGACGUUGAGCUCCUCAAGCAGCUUCUUCCGGCAGGCGAAAAACACAAGUGGAAGCAGAUCGCCAAGCAGAUCAACCGCCACAACCAAACAAACGGCAACGGCAGCGAGAACAACAACACCAGCAGCACUGGCAGAAGCGGUACGCUGUCGUCUUUGGAGCUGGAGGAGGAUUUGACCACUGGGCAGGUUCCCACCUCUGGAAGGAAGAAUGUAUCUGCAACAUACGUGGUACGCCAAUACCAGCACAUGCUCGGGUUUCCAAAGGCGCUGGGUUCAUUUGGAGAAUUGGCAUCGUCGUUGCCUUAUGCGGUUGCCGAGAAGGGUUGGGAUGAUGUGGAUGAAAACGAGGAGCAGUUGUUAAACGACCCAUGA